AUUGCGUCUUCAGUAGGAAGCAAUUAUUCCGCAUUCUAAUUCAUCAUACGGGAGAAAUUUAUUUUUGGUAAAUUACAAAGUGUUAAUUAAAUUUCCUGAUGGAAAUAUUUUCUCUAUUUCAGAUGACCCGGAUUCAACACUAAACGCAUACGUAGAUUCAUACUUUAAAGUUGUGAAUGAUAAAUUUUUCAUGAUUGAGCUUCAGACAUACUGGGAUCCCGAGAAUGCGGAAGAAACAAUAAAAACUGAAAUCCUGAGACUUGAACGCUUAUAUCAAAGAAAAUGGGAGAAGGAAUUUCUCGAAACAAUCAGUGCAGAAGACAAGUCGCUUGUGAAUCUUUCUAACUAUGAAUACAGGAAGGCAUUGGAAGAUGAUGAUGCUUUUCAGCACAACGUUUUUGCUAAUUAUGGACGAUACCAUCAGUUGAAAAUGCAUAUUUCAAAGAAAUGGGAAAAUCGAAAAAAUCUCGAUAUUGCAGAAGCCAAAUUUUUUGCGGAUACAUCAAGCAUUUUGAAGAAAGACGAAGCUAAGAGUGGAAUAACAAAGAAGAUUUUCGAAGAAGAGAAGGAAGCAGUGAAUACAACCAAAGCUGACCUUCAAAAGCUGCAAAAGGCAGCGGUCAUCGCAUCUAAUGCAUACAGAAAGACUUCAACAUAUUUGCAGAGUAUAAGGAAAGGAAAUUACAAAAAUGAAACAUCGAAUGAUGCUGAAGUUACGCAGGCGUAUUGGAAGGCUCGUUAUGAUUUUGACAACGGCACAAGGAUACUACGGAACAAAAUAAAACAAUUAGAAAUGAGCCGGAUUGAAUUUUUAAUGUUUCAAACCCCAGAAUACAGAAUAAACUGGCUCCUGGAUGAAAUGAAGGAAGAUGCCAAGCAGUAUUAUUGAACUGCAGGAAAGUGAAUUCGAUUCCAAGGGAAUUCAAGCAAUAUUGGUGAAGGGAAUAUAUUGUUUACUUAUCUCUUUUUGUUUUUUGAUGACUUCGUCAAGAAGGAAAUUUUCUUCUCUGCAACAGUCUUUUAAAUAAUUCUUUUUGUUUAAUUAAAUAUAACAUUUUUCUUGGUAA